GUAAUGCACUCUUAAAUUCUGUACAAAGAAAAGUCCUGUUGUUUUCUUGCAGUGUUUCUCUGACAAAAAUACAGACCCAUUUUCAUAUUUUAUCACUUCACAAUUGCGCUUUCGUUCGAUAAAUCUUAUUUUUCCUAAAGAAAGCUCAUUUCCCAAUUUACAUACUAUCCACGCAAUCCGAAAGUGGGCGUCCCGUGAUUGCAUUUCAUCCAGUUAGCUGAGCGGUGUGUUUGCGUGCACAUUUCCCCAUUUUACUUAUUAAUUCGAUUAAUCUGGCUGCUCUGGUGAAAAGCAUUAGCUUGACUGAGGAGAGUGAGCCCCUGGUACUGGGUUGGGGUCUCUGAGACCCGCUUGACCCCGUUACGAACCAACCACUCUUCACCCGAUUACCAACUACGAUCCCGUCUAUUUAUAACAGGAGGCUGGGCCUUUGUUAGAUCGUUUCAGCUCAGGAUUAUUAUCACGAUUUCAGAGGUUACAAAGAAACAAGGCAGCCAAUACAGCUGACUAGAACCACAAUCAUAGAUACGGAUUAGUGUUGAUCGAAUAAACGAAAAUUGGAUGAUACCUGAGUUAUAGCUUUGAAUUGUGUUGUCGUACAGAGAAGUUGAGCUGUUGCUGACCUGAAGACGGAAUAGCUGCAAUCAGACCCAGACAUAGCUUUCAAUAAUUUACCCUCAGAAGUAGAACAGAUAUUCCUCACUUUCACUCUCAUUUUGUUUGCCUUAUCUCCCGGCUCUAAAUUGCUUUCACUCUUUCGAGACUUACUUGAGAGAAAGUUUAUUUUAAGCUUUGCUGCUGUGCUGAGCCGCACAGCAUCAAAUGAGACUACUGAUAAGUAACCUCAUGUUCUUCUGGUGCGCUUUUUUCCUGUCUACUUGCUAGUUGCUCCAAGCUUGAAAUUACUUUUCCAUCUCUCUCACUAGGUCGCUGCGCCUCUGUGGGCACUAAAAUCAUCAAAGUGCUCAGUGCCCCCUCAUCUAUUUCUUACCCUGCAUCAGUUGUGUUGUUGUAACUGUAAGGUCAAAUACAUCAGCUAAGAUGGAUUGGAGCUAAAUGGCACCACUGUACCACCAGUCUGCGCCACCCAUUCAGCUUCUCUGAUCACCUCCUUCUCGCCCUCUGAAUUCCCUGUCCUGUAUCACAUCAUCAUCACCGCCAUAGUCCCACUCACACUUCCUCAGCAGACCACUGCCACCACUCUCCUUUGUUCAUACUGUUUGCACAGCAACUACUCUACCGAAAUGAGCAACGCUGUAAACGCAACGAACACCAACAGCAGCAGUAUUAGUGUUAUAAAUACUGAUGGUGUGUCUGCUUCAAGGAAAAGUUCAGUCUCUGAUGAGGCGGCGGAGAAUCCAGAGGAAAUAAAUACAUGUGCAGUCGCUUCAAAAGGUAUUUAUAAUGAUAUUUAUAAAGCAACUGACGCGGGAUCGAGCAAAGAUUCAAAAUCGCACAUGCAGUCUCAAAAAUCGACAGAGUCGAAUGACCUGAAAGGAGAAGCAGGGGCUACCGUUGCCUGCGAGUCGGACUGGACAUCGCCGGUGAAAAGUGUAAAUAGAGGCGUUGCAUCAUCUGGGUCCUCAGUUUCAGGAGCGGCUAAUCCCCCUCUCUCACUGGCCAAGAAAGCGACCAAGUUCGAGAUCAUCAGCGUACAGGAGGUCGAGAAUGACGAAGUAGACGAUGGGGAAGAGAGCGGAGAAGACGUGGAAGACUCUGUCACUGAGCUGAACUCCAAUCAGUCACGAGGCAGCUUCAGCAACGAAGAAUACUCUAAAGAAGCGCCGCUAUCACAGACUGUAACCAAUCUCCUUGUUGCAAAAGAUGCACCCAUGGUAGGAGGACAGAGCAAUGAUAAUGGGAACAAUGAAUCAACCUUAUUGGAUUCAAAAAUGCCCAUGAAAGACGGAAAUAAGGCCAGUAUAUCUAAUGCGCCAUAUAGCAGAACUAACUCAGAAGAACUCGCUGCCAAUGGACACACAGUAUUAUCUUCCACCACUCUUUCCCGAAUGCAGCCCAAGGUUGUGUCCAACAAACGAGCUCUGGAAAACAACAUUUCUUCUAUUGCUCCCCAUGGCCAGUUAGUUGUGAGCGAAGCUUAUUGUAGCCAAGGCUCGCCCCCAAAUGGAAUAGCUGAUGACGGUGCUGUAGGAGUACCGAUUAAUCAGACUCAGUCCAACGUAGCGUUGAAUACAAAUCCUAAUUCAUCCACACUAUCAGCUUCAGUUUCGCAUCAUCCACACUCUAAUGUUUUGCCAUCGAGGUUCCGGGUGGUCAAAAAGGUGAAGCCGUACCAUGGGAAACGAGGCAGAUGGGAUUGUAAUGACGUCCCCUCCGACGUAAUCAUGAGGAGCACCAACUCAAAUGCCGUUCCAGCUAAUUCAAACCACCCCACAAUCAUCGCUGCCCACGCCAACUUAGCCGGUGGAGUCAGUCCGGAACAUCAGCAGCAGCAGAUGUACAAUUCCAACGCAGCCCUCACCAGAGUCAUGUGUCAGCACGUGAAUUCAAACAAUGCCUCCUUCGCAUCUGCCGAAGACAUGAGUGGGUCGAACAAGAACCCCAUUCAUGUACCCUUAGUUAGUCACGUGACUUCCUCUGGCAACAGCCAGAAGGGCAACUUGCAGGAGAAUCAGAUUGGAUUCCAUCCAAUUGCGUCGCUGGAUGAGGCACUAAGUAAUGCUGUUACGGGGGAUGCGAUAUCAGAAAGGAAGCAGUCUCUGCCCAACUGGGAAUCGGGAGGCACCUUGGCUAAUGGGGACGUGAGUGCGAGCAAGAAUCAUGCAGCUAUCUUUGCUGCUGUUGCUACUAGGUGUGGAUCUUCUCGUUCGGAUGAAGACAGUGGCGGCAGCUCUGAAGCAGGCGCACGAGGAGCUCUUGAUGACGUCACCAGGAAGCUGGAGCAAGUAAUGGAGGUGGUGAAGUCUCAUGUGGUGAUGACUGUACAAGAAGAAUUCGAAAUGGUCAAGUCUGAGCUGGAGAACAUAAAAGCGAGAAAUAUUCAACUGGAAAAAGAAAACUCUUUCCUGAGACAGCAGCAGCACGGUAACAGUAAGAAGAGAGAUGCAUCGAUUCAAGUCAACUCGUCAACUAUGACAGCCAACCAGGAAUCGAUCGCAUCAAAUAUCAAGAAUGAAGAGGCCACAUCAUCAGGCGUGGAAAAGCUUGCUACUGUUCGGCCGAGCUCCAGUUCUCCAGCAGUCAGUAUGCCCUACGUUGUGCUCGGCAUUGGCAAUGCAUCUAGUUCCAAUAUUGCUUUGAACUACCACACAAACCACAACGAGUUCCAGCCAGUGUUUCAGCGUCCGACGCAGUUGCAAUCUCUAGGCUAUUAUCCAAUGUCUUUCAUGCAAAAUGCACCCACUAUUACUCACGCUCUCCCUGGUGCCUCACAUCAUCAGAAGCUCUCGACAUCUUCAGAGGAUCAGAAUCACGGUUUGAAUGGAAUGCUGACAUUGGAAGCUUCCGGCACUACCAAUGCUCAGCAGCUUCAGACUUCUUAUUCCAAAGGGGGUUCUGAUUCUGGUAGAAGCUCCCUGGAACCAACGAAGGAGAGAAAUCAAUCAUUUGAUUCUGCUUCCCAGCAGUCGAUGGCUAAUGAUUCGACAAUCAAUGGAAAUCAACAGCUGUUGCAAUAUCAGUCUCUGAACUUUGCACAGCAGCCUUCAACUAAAAGUAACUUGAUCAGUGGUGCCAAUCAGAAUAUAGGGACUUCUUCCAAUGCGUAUGCCUCAGUGCAAAACAUGGUUCAAAUUCAAUCCAAUAGUGAUGCUAGUUCUUCUGCCUCGGAUCAGACUCACAUGUUGCAGCAGCAGCAGCAGCAGACUCUUUCUGUGAUUCCUGCUCAGCAGGUGUCGCAAUCUCAGCAGCAGCAAUUUGCGGCAGCAUUUCAACAUUCUCAUCUGAAUACGAUUGCUGGUGGACUAAUGCCGGUGCAACAGGUUCAGCCUCAACAACAAUUAUUUUAUAUGCCGCAAGUAGCGCUGCAGCCAAUUCAGCAGUCACAUGGAUUCAGCUUUUCCAUGGUGCCACAGAUGCAAAACCACUCUGCCUUGUAUCUUCCCCAAUCAAAUAUGGUCGCCCAUGCCACCGGAACCGCAGCUCCUCCUCAGCAACAAGUAGCCGGAAACCCUUACGCACACCAGUUCGUUAAUACAGCCGGGCUAAAUUUCUACAACGGAAAUUCACCAGCCAUGUAUUUUCCCCAAAAUUCUGCACAACACAACACUGCAUACGUAGCCUGUACCUCAAACGCCCAACCUACAGUCUUGACAGCCUCAAAUGGGGGCGCCAUCAGCCAGAUGGCCAUGAAUGGAAGCGACAUGCAACAUGCCGCCGCCGUCCAGCCCAUUCAAGGUCAAGUGGUGGUAACUGCAUCUGAGUCCAACCCCAAUAGACAAUCUUCCAAUGGAGGAGGAGGAGGUGCCUGUGCCUCCCAGUCUUUGCCAAGUGCGGCCCAGUGUUUGGCCCAGCAACUAUUCAGAGGAAACAUCCCGCCAGCAUCCCAGAACAUGAAUAGCUGAGGUAUGUCAGCAUAAAGGAGUGCCAGUCAAUGCGACAACUUAAGUGUGCUGACACAAUGUUAACUUCAAUAACCAAGUCGAUCACAAAGAAUAAGGGGGACUGUUUUUGAAAACCCUGCUAAUUGUGCUGUUAGAUUAUCAUAUCAAUUAAAUUGGAAGACGUAGGUAUUUUUGGGUCGACGAAAUUUUGAAACCAUCUAACUGUUUAUCUGUAUGUGGACUCAAAAUGGCCAUUGGACUGGUUGGACUUAAGUGGUGUAUGGGUUAUUUUCUGAAAUGCUUCCUUGUUAAGAGUAAUUAACGUAGUUAGGACUCUUAUAUAUGU